ACCUGCGACAGAAACAGAGAGGAAAACCAAGAACAGGAUGUCGAAAGCAGAGUCAGAAGUGCUAAAAUCCUUGAUCAAAAUCCUAACAAGCUCAAAAAACCCAGUAGAUUCCUUAACUCCUUACACUCCUCUCCUCACUCCAACCCUUCUGCAAUCCCUCGUUUCCUCUCCUUCUCUUUCCUCCCACCCUUCCACCCUCCUUUCCCUCCACAAACUCUCCCUUUCCCUCUUCCCUUCCCUUUCUUCCUCCCCUUCUUUCCUCCUGUCCCUCCUCCCUCCCCUCAUUUCCCGCUACAAAUUCUCUGAAUGCAAAUCCCUCCUCCUCUCUUUCCUUUCCUCUGACCCCCAAAACACCCUUUUUACCUCCCUCGUUCACCACCCUUCCCUUUCGAAGCCCCUCCUUGAGAUCUCAGUUUCCAGCUAUGUCCAAUCGGGGAAACCCCAUUUGGGUCUUGAGCUCUUUAACCUCAUGAAAAGGCUUAAAAAGAAACCCAAUUUGCUUACUUGCAAUAAUCUCAUCAAUGGGUUGGUGAAGUUCCCAUCUUUGCACUCCAUUCAGUUAGGUAAGCAGGUUUUUCAUGACUCUAUUACGCUUGGUGUUAUCCCCGAAACAAGUACUUUCAAUAUUUUGAUUUUAGGGUGUUGUUUAGAAGGCAAAUUUAAUGAGGCGAUUUCCUUUAUUGAGAAAAUGAAGGAUUUUGGUUGUUUUCCCGAUAAUGUUACUUAUAACACAAUUCUUGCGUAUUUAUGUAAGAAAGGAAUGUUAAAGGAAGCUAGGGAUUUGUUGCAAGAUAUGAAGGAAAAAGGGUUGAUUCCAAAUAGGAAAACGUAUAAUAUACUCGUUUCAGGAUAUUGUAGGAUAGGGUGGUUGAAGGAAGCUAGUAAAAUUAUUGACUUGAUGGUGCAAAAUGAUGUUUUGCCUGAUGUUUGGACGUAUAAUAUGUUGAUUAAUGGGUUGUGUGGUGAAGGGAGGAUCGAGGAGGCAGUUAAGUUGAGGGAUGAGAUGGAGAAUUUGAAGGUGUUGCCAGAUGUUGUUACAUAUAAUACAUUGAUUAAUGGGUAUUUUGAGUGGGGGUGUAGUGAGGAGGGCUUUAGGUUGGUUGAGGAAAUGAGGGAGAAAGGAGUGGAGCCAAUUGCAGUUACUCAUAAUAUUUUGGUUAAAUGGUAUUGCAAAGAAGGGAAGAUGGAUGAAGCUAGUGAAAGAGUUAGGGUGAUGGAAGAAAGUGGGCUUUCACCGGAUAAGGUUACCUACAAUACUUUGAUUAAUGGAUAUUGUAAGGCAGGGAAGUUGGCUGAAGCCUUUAGGAUGAUGGGUGUGAUGUUAAGGAAAGGUUUUAAGAUGGAUACUAUUACACUUAAUACCCUUCUUCAUACUCUAUGUGAGGAGAGAAAGCUUAAGAAAGCAUCUGAGUUGCUAAUAACUGCCAGUAAGAGAGGUUAUUUGAUUGAUGAAGUGAGCUACGGCACUUUGAUAGCAGGAUACUUUAAGGUUGGAAAUGAAGACAAAGCAAUGAAGCUUUGGAAUGAGAUGAAGGAGAAGGAAAUUAUUCCCAGCAUCGUUACCUAUAACACCAUAAUUGGAGGGCUUUGCCAACUGGGCAAAACUGAGCAAGCAAUAGGCAAGUUGAAUGAGUUACUUGAGAGUGGUCUAGUCCCAGCCGAAACUACUUACAACACAAUUAUUCAUGGGUACUUCAAGGAGGGGAAAGUUGAGAAAGCAUUUGAGUUUUACAACAAAAUGGCUAAAAACUCAUUCAAGCCAGAUGUCUUUACCUGUAAUAUUCUGCUUUCUGGUCUUUGCAGGGAGGGUAUGCUUGAAAAAGCCCUUAAGCUCUUUGAUGCUUGGAUUUCAAAAGGGAAAGCAAUUGAUGGAGUUACAUACAACACGAUGAUAUCAAGCCUAUGUAAGGAAGGAAGAUAUGAGGCUGCAUAUCAUCUUGUCUCAGAAAUGAAAGAAAGAAAUCUGGGCCCUGAUAAUUAUACGUAUAAAGCCAUUCUUGAUGCUCUCACCAGUGCAGGCAGAAUGAAGGAACUAGAGGAAGUUAUUUCGAAAAUGGUUGAAGCGGGAAAAGUUCAUGAACAGUCCUUGCAGUCGAAGGAGCAGAAUGUGAAGACCAGUGAGAUUCUUAAGGAAUCUGAUCCAGAUUCCAAUGCUUGCUCGGUACAGAUCAUUGAGCUGUGCAAUCAGGGGAGAUACAAGGAUGCUAUGCGCAUUUUUAGAGUAUCAAAUGAAAAGGGUGUUGCUUUAAAUAAGUCCACCUACAUUGUUUUAAUGGAAGGACUUAUCAAGAGGCGAAAAGGCACAACAAAAUCUGUUCAAUACUAGUAAAUGUUGUGUGAAUUUUUCCUGGCAGUGUUCAACAGGCCAAUGUUAUUGCCUUGUGUUUAAUUUAGACUGAGCUGAUAGGAUCUCAGGUAAAUUGUCUCUUUCUGCACUUGGCUAUGCAGGAAGAUACUUAGAAGAAGUCUGCCUGCAUUGCUGCAACAAAAUGACUUAUCAAUUGGUGAAAAAGCAUAUCUGAAGCUGUCUGGUAGUAGUUAAUAUAUCUUCGACUUUUCCAGUGUUCAACAAACCAGUGUUAUCACCAUGCUUAUGACUUGUAUUCAGCGGAUAGAACCUCAGGGAAAUACAUCUUGUUGAAUUGUUGUAAUAUCGAGGACACUGGGGUUGUAUGGGUGUUGCAACCGGAGAAUAGCUUUUUAUAUUAAGUGAUCCAAUAUGGGUGAAAGAAUUGCUGGAAGCUGGACAAACAUGGUGGCCUCGUCACAUUUAUUGCUUUUCUACUGGAUACGUCAUAUCUUUCAAGGCCUUUGACAUUCAUGAGACCUCGGUCGAUAUAACUAAGAGAUUAUUCCAAAUUAAGGAAUCACAGAAAUUUAUCUUUUGCCCAGUUUUUGACUUUGAAUGGAUAUUUUAAAUUCAUUGAGCUUCUGAAAUAAGUAGCAAAAAGGGGCUUCCACUGUGCACACCUUUCUGACAGAAUGGCAGCUACCAUAAAAAUUCUACAGUAAACAAAUUUCACGCUGAAGGUUUUUUUUUGUUGGCAGUGAAUCAAUGUAGGUAUUUGAUGUUGUUAAUGUGUCACAAACACACAGCGAUUAAGGGAGUUAUGUUAGCAAAAGAAAGGGUUUUGACAGCUGUUCAUAUUGUUUAUAUUGCGAGGUGAGGUCCAAAAUAUGAGAAUUUUCACUGCAAGGAACCAUGAUGCAGAAACUUCUGUUCAAGGAUGGCGCUAGAAUUUCUGGCUCUGGCAUGGGAAUGGUGUGAAGAACAAGAGCCAACUUCUGAAAUCAAAUAAACAGGAGCAUGUCUUUCAAAAUGGGAGAUGUUGUAAGUCAAUGAAUUUGGGAGUUUUUAUAUCUUGAGGAACCUUAAUGUUAACCUUGUACUUUAAAUUCAUACACUAAUCUAAAUUCUUUAACCAUACGUGUAUAAGUCCACUGGUUCAAGCUUCUCUGUAAGCGUGCUUGUCUGAACACAUGUUUUUGUUUGUUUGUUUCUUGAUGAAAGGCCUAUGUUGUUCGUUAACUAACACUAACCCGAGAAUAGCUAUCUUUUGUGGAUGCUAUGCGAAAUUGUAACUGGUUGCAGGCUUUGACCCCUACAGUGAAAUGAUUUGUAAGGUGUAAUGAAGAAUGCUUUUGAGUUCUUUGUGGAAAUGUGUACAUUUUGACUUGAGGCAUUUGCCCUUCAAGAAGUUUGU